GCACUUGAGGCCAGAUUGGGUGGUUCUCCAUUCGGCCCAGCAGGUACUGGCAAAACGGAAUCUGUCAAAGCUCUGGGUGUGCAGCUUGGUAGAUUUGUCCUCGUGUUCUGUUGUGAUGAAAAUUUCGAUUUUCAAGCUAUGGGUCGUAUUUUUGUUGGUUUAUGUCAAGUGGGUGCUUGGGGAUGUUUCGAUGAGUUUAACCGUCUCGAGGAAAGAAUUUUGUCUGCCGUGUCACAACAAGUUCAAACCAUACAACUUGGUCUCAAGGCUGCUGUAACUAAUCCCAAUACUGAAGUCGAAAUUGUUGGCAAGAGCCUAAAAGUUAACACCAAUACCGGUAUCUUUAUCACCAUGAAUCCUGGCUACGCCGGGCGUUCUAAUUUACCCGACAACUUGAAGAAACUAUUCCGUAGUAUGGCCAUGACGAAACCUGAUCGUGAAUUGAUCGCACAGGUCAUGUUGUACUCCCAAGGUUUCCGUACGGCUGAAAUUCUCGCUUCAAAAGUGGUCCCGCUGUUCAACCUUUGUACCGAACAACUUUCUCCGCAGGCACAUUAUGACUUUGGUCUUCGAGCCCUUAAGAGCGUGCUUGUGAGUGCGG